AUGGAAGCCGAAGCUCAAGAAUCGAGCCCCCAAAACGACGCCGUCAUCACCUCCUUCUACGAGAUCACCUCCGCCUCCAAACAAGAAGCCCUCUUCUUCCUCGAAUUCCACAAUUACGACCUCGACGCCGCCGUUUCCACUUUCUUGGACAACGAAAACGCCGCCGCUGACGCCGCCGCCGCCGUCACCGUCACCAACCCGGUCCAGCUAAACUCAACCACGACGACAUCGCCAAUGCUAUUAAGAGUCUCACCAGUCACAGAUACGUUGACUCUUAGGAGACGGGGGAAUGGAAUGAGAUUGACAGCCAACUUUUUCAACACUGAGCUUCCUGGAUUGUGGAGGAAUACCCUGACAGCUUGGGGUAAUGAGAAGGAAUUUGUUGAGGAUGCUGCAAAGGAGUAUGAUGAGAGUACUAUUAAUUGUGCUUCAGAACUCGGGCUGCUGGAGCAAAAUGCCAAAGAGAAGUUGCUCUUUGUUCAGUUGCCUCCUACUCUACCAUUGGUCAAGCGACCUACUAGUGCAAAGGGGAAAGAGAAAGUCGGAAGCUCAGCACCAUCAGAGAAGGUAGGUGCUGCAAGGAAGGGCGGUAGUUUGGAAGAGUUAUCUGAGGGGUAUAUGGGGAAGAUGCUGGUUUACAAGAGUGGAGCAGUCAAGUUCAAGCUAGGAGAUGCACUGUAUGAUGUUUCACCCGGUUCAGAUUGUAUAUUUUCUCAAGAUGUUGCUGCAAUCAACACUGCAGCGAGAAAGUGUUGUGUUCUUGGAGAGCUUGGCCAGCGAGUUGUUAUAACUCCUGAUGUGGAUUCCCUACUAGAUGCAACGAUUGAGUUGGACUAAACGCAGCGAUAUUAUCUCAUUCACAUAGUGAGGCUUAGCUAGUGGGAGAUAGUGCACAUGAGAAACAUGGUAUUGGUAGCGAUAUGUAAAGGCAUAUAUGUUCAUAGAGUCGCAAACACUGUGCUACUGUGCUGAGUGAGAUGUAAAGAGUCAUAACCUGUAGUGUAGAUUAAGACUUAGUAGGUAAUAUCUGAUCUAAUAUGCUCUUUACCCAACUGUUCUGGGAACA